AUGGCGAAUGCCCAACGAAUCCUUGGAGAGUCUUGCAGAAACUACGCAGUAAAGUCGUGGGGAACGGAAGAGAAUUUCUUGUAUUAUUGCUGUUCAGCGGAUGAGCUCCACAGGCCUAAUGAAGGUUGCUUCGCUAGGUCUGCAAACGGACAGGAGGAAUUCAAAGCUGCUCUCUGCUGCGAGCUUCAGUGGGAGAAGGAAGACGGCACAGAUUUCAACUGGCGGCCAUCCGAGGACGAAUGCCAACGCCUUUGUAGUCAGCCGGGUGAGCCUCUUGAAGAUGCGAUUUCCCGAGGCAAAGAUGUGGUAAUGAUACGAGAUGAAUCGAGCAAAGCCCAGCUUCUACGCAUCACCACAGGACCAAGAAUUAGCGCCAUGACAUACAAGUAUUCUUUGCUAUCCAUCCUGGACCAUCCCUCUUUGGGAACUCCGCUUUGCCAGUGCUCUCCCGGAACCACCAUCGUGCGCCAGUGUGUAGGAUGCAAACCGUGGUCACGGGCCAUCAGCCUGGACAUGCAGACGAGCAUGAAGGCUAAGAUUCGUUUCCUGGUAUUUGCGAUCAAGAUUGCAGAGGCAGUUGCUUACCUUCAUCAUUCACCAAUAGGACCUGUCCUGCACAAUGACUUGAUUGAUCGGAACAUUUUGGUCAACUUCGAGACCGGGGCGUUGAUGCUGAUCGAUUUUGACAUGGCCAUUGUUCUCCCAAACAUGGGUGCCCGGGUACGGGCUGAAAAGGGCACCUCCAGCCCAAAUCUUGAGCGAGACUUGGAGGGUCCGGUGACAGAAGCAACACAUCCUCAUUGUACUCCACCAAGGGCAGUCCUGAAAUUGCAUGACGUUUAUGCGACCUACCACUGGAGAACAACCCACGAGGAUCUGCAGUGCCAUGGCAUUGCUGUUGAAAGGGACUUGUUUUCACUUGGUCAGUUCUAUCUCACACUCUUCGAUGGAACUCAGCCACUCCCGGUCCGGUGGAGCAGCGAAAAUGUUUCCUUUCAGCUCUUUGAAGACAGCUACAGGAAAGCCAGGCGCCGUGCACGCUGGAGCCUCUCUGCACUGAGUACACUUACAGGCUUCAAGCGGACCCUCCACAAUCAGUUUUCAUUGCACGACAAGAGUUUGGCAAAGCUGCUUUUAGGGCUUCUGGGCCCGUUGCCAAGGCUCUCCGCCACUCAUCUAGUCAACUCCCUGCGCGAGCUGCUCCGAAGUCUCUUCCCCUACAGUGAGAGCCUGCUAGACUUCAAGCACCACUACACAAAGAGACUUUUCCCCUCACAUGCUGCAUCCACAACUUUUGCUUCUAACUGCCUGGCAGCUUCGGUCCGUGUGCCGCGGAAGAUCGCCAAAACAAUGCAGUUCCUACCCGUGCAGGUGGAUGUGCCUUUAGACAAGACCCAAGGGGCAAUUGGAUCCGAGCCGACAGGAGAACGGUUUGUCAAGCUAGCUCUGCAACUUCCACGAAGCACCGCAGAGUGCGACGUCGUUGUCUACAGGGGUCGUGGGUCAUGUUCUCUCGAUCUCAGAGGACGUUGGGGUAGCAUAAGUGGGCGGCAAGGGGGUGCGGCGCGCCUCUUUUUACUCAGCCCUUCCGUGUGUUCCACGAUGAUUCGCAUCAAUUUGACAGAGGCUAGUGCUGAACACCAGGGGGCAAUCACAGAGGAGUUUUCCUUGUGGGGGCCUGGAGUAUUGCGAAUAACAGCUGAUGUGCACGUGUCAAGUGGGGUGACGCUUCACGUUGUGCCUGGGACGAUAAUCUUGCUUGGAGAGAAGGUUUCGAUUUAUGUGGAGGGCGCACUGAGAAGCGUUGGUAGUGCUGACGAUCCAGUGCUGUUUUCAGUGGAUGGGAAUGCCGAAAGCUGGGGUGCCAUCCGCUGCAAGGGUGGCACAGUUGUUCUUCAGCACACUAUCGUAUCUCAGGGCGGUGUUACUGGUAAUCCAGAUUACUUGCAUGGCCACUCGAACUCAGAAGCGGUUGUGUGGGCAGAGGAUGGAAUUCUAUCGGUAGCUUCAUCCGCGAUUAUCGACUGCCUUGGCAAAGCCGCUGGAUCCCGUCAGUCCUUAGUCUUCAUGUCUGGUUCGCUCAUUUCACGUGUAGAUACCGGUGGGGAGCACUUUGACAGUUUGGUGACCUUCAAGUUUAUGCAUGUUGUGGAGUUGCCUGGUGCUGCAAGGGAGCUUGGGGAGGAUGACAAUGACGGCUUGUACCUCCAUCUCCGCCCGGACAACAUCUUGGAAGGUCCGUGGUGGACGUCUUUGCCCGAUAGAAGCUUUGGAACCUUGUACGGCUCCGUGGCCCUGACUGCCAACCCUUGGCCUGUGAGCUUAAUAGAGUCCUCUGUCUUCAUAAGAGGGAGUGACGAUGCCAUUGAUGUUUGCGGCGGUCUGGUGGAGAUUAGAGAUGUGGACAUCAGGCGCUGGCAUCAUGAGGGCAUCGCAUUGUCCUCUCCACUGUGGUUGGCACGGUCUCGGAAAGACUACCCGGAGCUACUCCUACUCCACAGCAGAAUCUUGGUGAUCAAUGCUUACAUCGAAGGUUGCGAGCAAGGUCUGGAGAUUGGCUUUGGCGAUGCCGCAGUUGAGAUCCAAAACUCCACACUUGCAUUCAACGGUGUUGGCUUGCGUCGUGGGGAUUCCUAUUCAGUGCCCAGGCGCAUCUACUAUGGGACCUGGAAGGCGAAGGGCCUUCGCCUGAUACAUAACUUCGAGUACAACCUACUGGAGUGGGUCAACGGUGAAGGGGCACCACGGGCGUUGAAGCAGGACAUGUCGCAGUCGGAGAUGGGCUUGCCAUGCUUACCCUGCCCAAGCCACCUCCACCUGCUCCAAGCUGCCUCUCGCGGCAAGGCAAACGGAUGGAGAGCAUCACCAGCUUCAAAGCUUUGGGAGGAAGCUACAGGCCUGCAAGCUGCCAGUUUGGAUGCCUGGCGUCUUUCAUUAACAGCUCCAGCGACUCCAACGUCUCAGAGCACGCUGAAUGCCAAGCCCUUCUUGCACGCACGGUGGGAGAGCCUCUCAAAGCGUGGUGAGCCAUGGUAUGGCUCAGCUUGUGGCCUGGCAAUGACGCUACGACUCGACUCUGGUGAGCAGGUCUACUGGAAGGCGAUGCAUUCCCGGAACAAAGACUUCAAUGAUGAAAGCUUCUGGCCCGAGAUUCUGGUUUACGCCUUGGAUGUUGCCCUGGGGGUGUGGACAUCACUGCCGGCUGUGGGUCGCACCAUGAGUCUUACUGAAGUGAAGCAGCGCACGCAAGGGGCCCUUGGAGCCAUGAACUUGGGAUGCGUUUCAAGGCAGGUCAGUGCAGAGACACCAGGAAUUCACAGGCAGUCGCGGAGCUUGCCACAAAUAGAAAUUGAUGGAGCUGCUUUGGCAUGGAGUGACAGGGUCAAGCCGCUCCUGCGCAAUCACACUGAGGAGGGAUGGUUCCUCUCGUCGGAAGGGCCCACGCGCUUCGCGAACUUUUUCGACUACGCUGUGUUCAGCUAUCUCUGCCGAUGUGGCAAGAGCACCCACAGUCAUUUCUAUGCAGACCUCGAGCAGGGUCAAGGAUGGCUGAUCAUGAUGGACAACGAUCGAUGCUUUCAACUUGACGGCGAAGCAGCACUGGAUACAGUUGCCGAGAACUUUGAAAAGAUGAGGCUUGGUCAAUUCCAGCUCAUCAUUGAGACCUGCGACUGGGUGGAUGGCUUGUCAAAGCAUUUUCUUCACCAGCUUUCUGAUCGAUCCCGCCCAAUGAGUCAGCGCCUGUUGGAUGCAUUGCGGCUGGACUCUUUUGGAAGAUUAUGUCUCCCGUUUAGCUCAUGUCUUCCUUGGAAUCGGAUAACGUUCUGGAUUUCAUUCAGAAAUGCUAGACUCCUACUUGUGCCCUCAAUCUCGCGUCACCUUCGACCCUCAACCAGCAGUUAA